AUGGCUUUGGUUGAUCAAUCCAACCCAGGUGGUGGCAUUCUGGUGGAUGCCAGCUCGGUGGGUCGCCCGGUAGGUGAUACAUCUUCAUCGGCCGUAUUUGUCAGCGAGUUGCCGAAAAAUUUUCAAGGAGGUGAUGAAGCGUUGCACUUUGCCUUGGGAGAUCUUUUUGGACAGUAUGGCAAGAUCAAGAAGAUCGAGCUCUACAUGGAUCAGGGCAUUCUGGAGACGGAAGACUUCAAGGGGGAGGCACUGGUGGUGUAUCACACUGGCAAGUUCACGGGCACCCAUGACAAGGGAGAUCCAGUGUAUGAGGCCUGUUCAGACCUGGAUGGCAGGGUCAGAGUGCUGGGGCACAGGAACUGGCGGAUCCGCUGUGAGGCGGCUGUGUGGCAGAAGGAAGGCUUCAACGUCAAGGACCGUGCGAAGAAAUCCCCAUGCGUGGAGAUAGUGAACCUUUGGGAUUACGCAGCGUCCACUCCUAUGUCCUGGUUCAUCGACAUCCAGGAGGUGAUCCGAAAGCACGUGGCGGAGCACGUCAAGGAGCCCUUUGUAAAGGUGGAGCCCUCGGAGGGCUCGGCCACCAUUUGGUGCAAGGGCGCACAGGAUGCCAUGAAGCUGGCAUCGUUGAUGCAGAAGAGCUACUUCAUGGGCCGCAAGGUGGUGGCCUCUCUGUGCAGGAAGGAGAAGCCAGUUGCAGAUGGGCUGCCACAGGUACCCAAGCACCUGUCAAUGAAGGCAGCAGGAGCUUCUGCGAUGUUGGAGAAGGCAGGCAUCGCGCCUGGUAAGCUGGAUCCAGAAGUCGCCGCGGCAAUUAGGAGGCAGGCGGAAGAGAUGAUGGCUGCAGAAGCUGCUCGGAAAGCUCCGGUGGAGCAGGAGGAGAUUGUUACUGGCCCAUCUUUUCUGCUGCGGGAAGGAUGCAAAGUGAUCUUAACGGGCCUGGUCUCCAAACCGGAGAAUAAUGGCAAGCAGGGAAGCAUCGUCCGCUUCUUGGAUGACCAGCAGAAGUACCAGGUGAGCCUGGAGGGCAAGCUGGUGAAGCUAAAGCCCGAGAACGUUGAGGCUGCGGAAGACCCGCCGCCCAAGCGACUGCCAAAGGCACUGGAGGAGGAGGAGGAGGACGGUGACGACGAGGAUGUGGCAAAUUCUGCGCAGGAGGUAGCCAACGAGAUGGCCAGCAUGGCCACGAAGCCCGCCGAGAAGUCAGAAGCUGAUUUGGUUGCGACAGUUUGCGUGGACCCAGCCCUGCUUGGCAAGAAGGACGAGGAGGAAGAGGGCAGAGGCCGGAGCAGGUCCCGCGAGCGAUGGCGGAAGGAGAAGCUUGACGCAAUCGCGGCCCGGGUAGAAGCGACCAAGUCGCAGGGCAAGCGGUGCGGAUGGGUAGUGUCAGGGCCAAAUCCGUCACAAGUUCCCAGCAGCGAAUCCAAGCCAAAGGAGCCAGAAGAAUCCAGAGAAGAGCUCAUGAAGCUUUCGGUUUCAGCAUUGAAGCAGCUGCUCAGCAAGUAUGGGAAGACUGGCCGCGGCUGCUUGGAAAAGAAGGACUUCGUGGACCGGCUGAAGCCAGCGUGA